GCCCGAAAGCUUAAAAGCGUCCAUUGCGAGAAGUAUCAGUCACAAAGCAGUCGCUCUGCUGCCACAGUGUGCUCUGCGACUGCGGGAUUUGACAUUGUUUUAACCGAUUUUAAAGCUAUUUUAACCGUUUUGCCUUGCUCGUCUAGAUAGCCGUUUACCAUGCCAGCCCUCUUUCUGCCAGAGGAUGUCAUUAGAAGGCUGCGGGUGCUGGACCAGAGUGGAUUGUCAGACGAGGAUCAUGUUUUAGAAGAGCUCAGGUUGGUGCAGGACUAUCUACGUGUUGAUACUCAGGAUCAGCUGAAGAGCCUGAAGGAAAAGCUGACAAGUUCGGAAAUCCCAAGAGAGGUCUACAUCUCUAAAGUGAAGGCCGUCCUGGGAAAGGAGCUAUGUUUUGACACUACCUUAAUUUUUGAUGAUGUGAAGCAGACUGUAAAGACAAAUGUAUCCCCAAACGGGUCUCACAAAAAUGAAGACAAUGGAGAUGUUACCAUGGAUGUAUCACCAGGUGCUUCCAAAGGGAAGGGUGGACGUAAGAGCAAGGCAAACUCUGACUCCAAAAAAUCACCAUCUAGUACCAGGGUUACAAGAAAUGGUGGAAAACAGCCAACCAUCACGUCAAUGUUUUCUAAAGUUCAAAAGCGCAAGUCUGAGGACUCAAACGGAGAAGCCAGCAAUCAACAAAGUGAACUUAAGAAAGAAGAUGAUGAGGAGGAGUCACAGGAUGAAAAGCGUCUCAAAGUGGAUUCAGAUGAAAAUACUUCUCCAGAAGAAGACAAUAAGAUUGAGGUUAAAACAUCAGUUUCUGCUGCAAAGACACCACCACCUAAAUGUCCGGACUGCAGACAAUACUUGGAUGACUCGGAUUUGAAAUUCUUCCAGGGGGAUCCUGAUAAUGCUCUGGAUGAACCAGAAAUGUUGACAGAUGAGCGUCUUUCCCUUUUUGACUCAAAUGAGGAUGGAUUUGAGAGCUACGAGGAUUUGCCACAGCACAAGAUCACAAACUUCAGUGUGUAUGACAAGCGUGGCCAUCUUUGUCCAUUUGACUCUGGGCUGAUUGAGAAAAAUGUAGAGCUCUACUUCAGCUGUGUUGUAAAACCUAUCUAUGAUGAUAAUCCUUGCUUGGAUGGCGGUGUUCCUGCCAAAAAGCUUGGACCCAUUAACGCCUGGUGGAUCACUGGAUUUGAUGGUGGCGAAAAAGCACUUAUUGGUUUCACAACAGCUUUUGCUGAUUAUAUUCUGAUGCAGCCCAGUGAAGAGUACAGCCCCAUUUUUGCCCUGAUGCAGGAGAAGAUUUACAUGAGCAAGAUAGUAGUAGAAUUCCUCCAGAAGAAUCCUGAUGCAACUUAUGAGGACCUUCUCAACAAAAUUGAGACAACUGUGCCUCCUGCAGGGCUCAACUUCAAUUGCUUCACAGAAGACACACUGCUGCGCCAUGCCCAGUUCGUGGUGGAGCAGGUGGAGAGCUACGAUGAGGCCGGUGAUUCUGAUGAGCAGCCCAUCAUUGUUACUCCUUGCAUGAGAGACCUCAUCAAACUUGCAGGAGUCACUCUAGGGAAAAGCAUGCUGCUGUACUGGAGAGCUGCUCGAAGACAAGCCAUUCGUCACCCAACAAAGAUAGAGAAGGACAGUAAGGGGCCAACUAAAGCAACCACUACCAAGCUCGUCUACCAGAUCUUUGAUACCUUCUUCUCUGACCAAAUAGAGCAGAAUGAUAAAGAGAGUGGUGGAGCCAAGCGACAACGUUGUGGUGUCUGUGAGGUAUGUCAAUCUCCUGACUGUGGAAAGUGUACAGCAUGUAAGGACAUGAUCAAAUUUGGAGGAAGUGGCAAGAGCAAGCAGGCAUGCAAACAGAGAAGAUGCCCAAAUCUUGCUGUAAAGGAGGCUGAAGAUGAUGAGAACAUGGAGGAAGAGGACAUUCCAGUGGAGAAGACCAAAAAAGUUUCUCAAGCUAAGAGAAAGAAGCAGACCCCGUGCAGAAUCACUUGGAUAGGAGACCCUGUUCGGACUGAGGGGAAGAAGCAGUACUACAGGAAAGUCUGUGUGAAUGAUGACGUGCUGCAGGUGGGAGACUGUGUCUCCGUUUUAUCAGAGGACCCUUCCAUUCCUCAGUAUCUAGCCAGGAUCACAUCACUGUGGGAGGAUUCUAAUGGAAAGAUGUUCCAUGCCCACUGGUUUCUUCGUGGAAUUCACACAGUGCUGGGAGAAUCCUCUGAUCCACUGGAGGUUGUUAUUGUGGAUGAGUGUGAAGACAUGCUGCUCAACUAUGUUCAAGGCUUAGUAAAAAUCACAUAUAAAGCCCCAUCUGACAACUGGUUUAUGGAGGGUGGAAUGGAUGUUGACAUAAAGGUUAUUGAGGAUGAUGGGAUGAGUUUCUUCUAUCAGUUCUGGUAUGACACUGAUUUUGCGCGCUUUGAAACACCUCCCAAGACUAAUCCAUCACAGGACUGUAAAUACACGUUCUGCGGUAGCUGUGCUCGGACUAAAGAACGAGAGGAACAGGCAAAGCCUCAUGCAUUUGAACCCUUGGAGAGUGAAGACAAUGAUUCAAAGGCACUGUAUGCUCUAGCUUGCUUUAAGGGGCAACAGUUCAGGGUGGGAAACAGUGUUUACCUUCCUCCUGAGACCUAUAAUUUCAAUGUAAAGCCAGCAAGUCCAGUGAAGCGCUCCCAUAGGAAGGAGGAUGUGGAUGAGGAGCUGUAUCCAGAGUAUUACAGGAAGUCAUCAGAUUACAUUAAAGGCUCAAACCUUGACGCUCCAGAACCCUUCCGUAUUGGACGCAUCAAGGAGAUCUUCUGUCACAGGCGUAGUAAUGGAAAACCUGACACAUCGGAGGUCAAACUGCGACUCUACAAGUUCUACAGGCCUGAAAACACUCACAAAGGUGUCAAAAGCAGUUAUCACACUGACAUUAAUCAGCUGUACUGGAGUGAUGAAGAGGUGACCGUCAACAUGUCUGAGGUACUAGGCCGCUGUCAGGUGGAAUAUGGAGAAGACCUGAAUGAAUCAGUCCAGGAGUAUUCUGGUGGUGGACCUGACCGCUUCUAUUUUCUGGAGGCCUAUAAUGCUAAAACAAAAAGCUUUGAAGACCCACCAAAUCAUGCCCGCUCAGCUGUUCAUAAAGGCAAAGGAAAGGGUAAAGGGAAAGGUAAGGGCAAAGGAAAGGCAGCGGCAGCAACAGCAGCAGCACAGGAAACACAGGACAGUCAGAAUGAGCCACAACCAUCUAAAGUGCCCAAGUAUCGCACUCUGGAUGUUUUCUCUGGCUGCGGUGGACUUUCUGAAGGCUUCCACCAGGCUGGUAUCGCUGAAACUUUGUGGGCUAUAGAGAUGUGGGAACCUGCAGCACAGGCCUUUAGGCUCAACAACCCGGGCACCACAGUGUUCACUGAGGAUUGUAAUGUUCUGCUAAAGUUGGUCAUGUCUGGAGAGAAGACAAACUCUCUUGGGCAGAAGCUGCCUCAGAAAGGUGAUGUGGAGAUGCUCUGUGGAGGGCCCCCCUGCCAAGGGUUCAGUGGUAUGAACCGUUUCAACUCUCGCACUUAUUCAAAGUUCAAGAACUCCCUUGUGGUCUCCUAUCUCAGUUACUGUGACUACUACAGACCCAAGUUUUUUCUACUUGAGAAUGUGAGGAACUUUGUCUCCUUCAAGAGCUCAAUGGUUCUAAAGUUGACUCUACGCUGUCUGGUGCGAAUGGGCUACCAGUGUACCUUUGGAGUUCUUCAGGCUGGUCAGUACGGUGUUGCCCAGACUCGUAGAAGGGCAAUCAUUUUGGCGGCUGCUCCUGGAGAGAAGCUGCCCCGUUAUCCUGAGCCUCUGCAUGUGUUUGCUCCCAGAGCCUGUUCUCUGAGUGUGGUGGUGGAUGAAAAGAAAUACGUCAGCAAUGUCACACGAGGUAAUGGAGGAAUCUACAGGACCAUAACUGUUAGAGACACAAUGUCAGACCUGCCAGAGAUCCGCAAUGGUGCAGCUGCACUGGAGAUCUCCUACAAUGGGGAGCCUCAGUCUUGGUUCCAGAGGCAGAUCAGAGGCACACAAUAUCAGCCAAUCCUCAGAGAUCAUAUCUGCAAGGAUAUGAGUGCCUUAGUUGAAGGGCGGAUGAGGCACAUCCCACUGGCUCCUGGCUCAGACUGGAGGGAUCUGCCCAACAUUGAGGUUCGACUGAAGGAUGGCACUAUGACCAAGAAACUCCGUUACACACACCCUGAUAAGAAGAAUGGUCGCAGCAGCACCGGUGCUCUCCGAGGAGUUUGCACUUGUGCAGGAGGGACGCCAUGUGACCCUGCAGACAGGCAGUUUAACACCCUAAUCCCCUGGUGUCUGCCCCACACUGGGAAUCGCCACAAUCACUGGGCUGGACUUUACGGCAGAUUGGAAUGGGACGGCUUCUUCAGCACAACCGUAACAAAUCCUGAACCCAUGGGCAAGCAGGGACGUGUCCUGCAUCCUGAGCAGCACAGAGUGGUCAGCGUGAGGGAGUGUGCACGUUCUCAGGGAUUCCCAGACACCUACCGCUUCUUUGGAAACAUCCUGGACAAACAUAGACAGGUUGGAAAUGCUGUGCCCCCUCCACUUGCCAGAGCCAUAGGGAUGGAGAUUAAGCAUUGUGUAUUGGAGAGAAUGAAGGAAGAACAGGCAGCAGAGAAUGUCAAACAAGAAAAGAUGGACUUUUUUCACUUCAUUCAGUUCUAUUAAUCCUGAUGCUGGCUGUGUCAGGCAAUCAUUUCUCUUGCAUAAGCUGGUGUUCAACUUUGUCACUAAGUGGCCGCCAUGGACAUUGUGAUGUGCCAUUCCAUUUUUGAGGUUUAAAUGUGCUUUUAAUCAUGUUAGGGAAAUGUUUACCUAAUAUGACAAAUUGUAUGUAGUUUUUAUAUGCAUAAUAAAGGUCUAAUGAAAUUUGA